AUGGAGUUCCUCCCCGCCCUCCAGCAUGGCAUAGACGACCUCAAGCCCUCGCUCUUCGAACUCCUGUCCGAGCAACAGCUCGCAUCGCUCCUGCCCCCGUCGCUGCGCUACCUCCUCGCCAUCACAACACCCCGAUAUCCACGCUACCUGCUCCCCAUACUCAAUUCCUUCGAUGAAGUCUACGCGCUGCUGAUGCUGCUCGUGGAGCGCCACUUCCUUCGCACAUACGGCGGAUCAUUCACCGAGAACUUCUACGGGCUGAAGCGCGCCCGGGUGUUGAAAGUGCGAGGAGGUGAGAUACCGCGCGCACAAUUGGGCGCAUCGGACAGCGUACGAGAGGCUGUAAAGCUGGGCAGUGGCGAUAUAUGGAAGAAUCUCGCCGUCCUGGUCGGCCUCCCAUGGCUGAAGAGGAAGUUCGACGAGGGCUACGAUGUCCACGCUGCGCAUGCCAACCUUUUGGGACCCGGGUACAACCGUGACAGAGAAGGAUUAAGAGCAGGGGCCAGCGUGAAAGAGAGGCUGAUGCACUACUACAAGUGGUUUCUACGCAACAUAUACCCGAGUGUCAAUGCCGCCUACUACUUCUCCUUGCUGGCCUUCAACAUGGCCUACCUCUUUGAUGGGACCAAGUAUCAUUCGCCAUUCAUGUGGCUGAUUGGUUCGCGUAUACGAAGACUGGGAGAGGCGGAUCACAGGGCGAUUGAGAUUGCGACAGCGCCGAGUAAGGUUGGCCCGGCGCGGCCUGGAGAAGGCGGAUCUAUCUUCUCGCCAAGAAACAUUGCGAGGAGUAUAGAGCCGCGCUUGUUGAGUUCGCUGAAGAUUCUUCUUCCAACCAGUAUCUUCGCGCUCAAGUUCCUAGAAUGGUGGCAUGCUUCAGACUUCGCCCGACAGCUAUCGAGGAAAGCCGCUGAGAACAUCGACUUACCACCGCCAAUAUUACCUUCGUUACCGCCAUCCGCGAAGCAGCAACCUUCGAAACAGGGAGAGUCUUCCGAGAAGGCACGUCCGACAUCGUCUUUGUCGGACCAACCUCAACGCAUCGACCCUCCAAUAUCCUCAACCACUCUCCUCCCAAUCCUCACUGUACCCUUACCACCAUCAUCAACGUUAUGCCCCAUUUGCAUAACACCCAUCGUAACACCCACAGCCUCGCCUACGGGAUAUGUCUAUUGCUAUACUUGCAUACACAGGUGGGUGGGGGGUGAUCACGACCGCCAGGUCGCCUUCAUGGAGGGUGCUGCAGGAUUUCGAACGGGUGAUGAUGGAGAAGCAGAAGAUGAGGGCUGGGGUAGGGAAGAGGGAAGCAGAGAGGGAAGAUGGGAGAGCGGUAAAGGAAGAGAUGCUAUUACUGGAAGGAGGAUACUUGGUGGCACUGAAGGUUUGCGAAGAGUCGUUGUUUAG